UGAUCUUAGGGGCUUCGGAAUCUGUGUCAGAGAAGUUCGCUAAGGCUUCGGCUACUACCCUCUUUCCCUGCCAUGAUCUGAGCCGAUAUUAGAGGUCUAUAGCCAGUUACAAUGCGACUGUGGCCUCUCGUCUGCGGUCUACUUGGUGUAAAGGACUGUCGGUUUAACGGCUAAGUCGAUUCACGUUGUCGGCCCGAAGUACGCCGAGCUGCUCGGCUGACGGAGACUUCCCCAUGGCCCGUACAGCUAUGCCGGGCACAUGGCUGCUGUUGACUUGUGUAGUAGCAAGUUACAACGCCAUGGUAGCCACGGGAGAAGUUGUCCGAAAAUGCGACCCCAUACGGAUAGAGAUGUGUCGCGGAUUGGGCUACAAUGUGACUGGCAUGCCCAAUUUGGUGGGGCACGACUUGCAACAGGACGCUGAGUUGAAGCUGCAGACUUUCACGCCACUUAUCCAGUACGGCUGCUCAGUACAACUCAAGUUUUUCCUCUGCUCCGUCUAUGUUCCAAUGUGUACAGAAAAAGUUUUGGAUCCCAUCGGGCCGUGUAGGCCCAUGUGUGAGAACGUCCAGAGACGGUGCCAGCCGGUACUGCAUGAGUUCGGCUUCCCCUGGCCCACGGAUCUUAACUGCACCAAGUUCCCACCGAAGAACGACCAAAAUCACAUGUGCAUGGACGGUCCGCUACCUGACAAGGAUCAGCCUGACUCGGCGGGCCCAACCCGAGCCACGACGCGGAGACCUCACCAUCGCACCGUGCCUCUGCCUUCCUCGCCGAAGAGACGGGACUGUUCGCAAUAUCGCCACCCUAAAAAAUACGUGUACGUGAACCAAAGCGAGCGAUGUGCCCUCAAAUGCGAUGAAAACGAUGCCUUUAGUCAGGACGAUAAAUAUUUUGCCGAGGUUUGGAUGUCUAUUUGGGCUGGUUUCUGUUUUGUGUCCACGUUGUUUACCGUACUCACUUUCCUGAUAGACUCGCAGAGAUUCCGUUACCCGGAGAGGCCUAUUAUCUUCCUGUCCGUCUGCUACAACCUCUACAGCAUCGCCUUCAUCGUCAGGAGAAUAGCGGGGAGACAGGCGAUUUCGUGUGAUACCAUAUCAGACGGCACAAACCUACAGCGCAUUCUCAUCCAGGAGGGUUUGGAGAACACAGACUGUGCUAUCGUGUUUUUGUUAUUGUAUUACUUCGGCACGGCCAGUUCGAUUUGGUGGGUGAUCCUUACAUUGACUUGGUUCCUCUCCGCGGGGCUCAAGUGGGGGCACGAAGCUAUUCAGUUACACAGCAGUUAUUUUCACCUGGCUGCCUGGGCUAUACCCGCUAUUAAGACCAUCGUUAUAUUGGUUAUGAGAGACGUAGAUGCGGAUGAAAUUACCGGACUGUGCUAUGUGGGUAACCAAAACACUGACACCUUAAUGGGCUUCGCUAUUGCCCCAUUUAUAGUCUACUUACUUUUCGGGACAUCGUUUCUAAUAGCCGGUUUCACGGCUCUGUUCCGAAUUCGAAACCAGGUAAAAAGCGAUGGGGUUAAAACGGACAAACUAGAAGUAUUGAUGGUGCGAAUAGGUAUUUUCUCUGUGCUCUAUACGGUGCCGGCCACGUGUGUGAUUGCGUGUCAGUUGUACGAGUAUACGAGUCGGGACAGUUGGUACAUAGGCAACUCUACCAACAAACCCAACAUUGAGAUUUUCAUGUUAAAACUGUUCAUGUCGCUGGUGGUUGGUAUUACCAGUGGGAUGUGGAUCUGGUCGGCUAAGACUGUGAAUUCGUGGAAAACAUUCGGACAAAAGUUGAGACUGGGUAGGAGAGACGGGAAAGGAGGCGACUACAGCCUCCCGGCCACAACACAACAGUAUCACAGCACAACGCAACCUCUGGUAGCCAGGCCGGGCAGGCCCGAAAAAUCGAAACGCUGUAAAAAUGACAAUGCUACGGUCGUGUGAGGUGAAAUUGCUGGCUAGCAAAAUGUGAAUUUUACUACGAGCCUCAGUAAUAACAUCCACUGCUGGUUACAUGCUUGCCCCAUAAUCGUCAGCGAGGGUGCCAUAAAACACCCCACCCCACCCUCUCGUCCCGGGUCCCGCUACGACCUGGGAGCGCACGGGUCUGAAGUGGCUUACUACACUAAAACUACGACUGACAGUUGAAGCAGAAACCGCGCGGAAGAUGCAAAGCUCAAGAGCAAAACGAAUUCAUACAUCAUCCUUAUCGUUGGCAGGUCUCGGAGGCAGGCAGAGUACAUUGCUGGUUCCCGGCCCGCAAUCCAGCCGGCCCGUACAGUUCAAGGUAGAAAGCACCAGAGAGAAAGACAAAUGAAAAGAUACACAAUAAUUUAUUGGGCUGGAAGAAAUUGAGAUCGCUCGAAAUGACAAUCAACAAAAAGAAAGAGAGAGGGGAAGAGAGGACGCUCUUGCUUUGCAGAUAAAGCAAACAUUCCCUGUAGAGUGAUGCGUGAAGGCAUAUACAUAAACUGAUAAACGGCAAGCAAGUCCAGUGCGCGGCUAAUUAUAGUGCUCCUUUUUUACAGCUCAGUUGUUACAAUAAUUCAGUUCUAUCCCGAUAAAUCGUGUUUUUGCGAAAACCUCAUAAAACCUCUGUACACUUCAAAGCCGUGGAAACGAACUGUGUUGCUUUCCGAAGAAUUAGAAGAAAACAUGAUUUUUAUUUUUGUCUCUGCGAGCUGCCGAGUGUUCACUGUGUGUUGAGUGGAGAAUGAUGAUAUUCCUGACUUGUCCAUUGCAUCGUGUAUUGCAUCAAAACUAUCGACGACAAGCCCUUGAUGACACGAAUCCACACCUUGACGUGGACAGGUGUCGAAACGUACAUGUACUCCUGAAAAAUUCCACGGCUGUCGUCCAGUGUUAAUUAUGUAUGUGUAU